AUGUCAGCGCGUCCGCUCAGUGCGUUUCAGCCACUGGAUGGGGCGAACGGCGCACGACCACAGUCGCAGCUCUUCCAUGCCCCGCCCCGCCUAAGCAUGUCUCUGUCUGGCUCCAACGCGCAGGUCACAUUCAAAAGCGUUGAUCUUCGGAACGCGCUGCAGCUGCACGAGGCCCUUGGCCGCAAAUUGUACAUGGAGGGCUAUCUCCUCGUCCGCCAUGCGCUUGGCGUCGAUGGGCAGCCGGACCACCGCAGCGAUCAUUUCAGCUCAUGGACGGAGUGUUUCGUGCAACUGUCGGGUACGGUGCUGAGCUUCUGGGAGGCCAGUGCCCUCGACCGAGCCACAGCUGAGGCUAGCGAGGUGGCCCCGACCUUCAUGAACAUCACCGACGCCAUGGUCGACUACAUUGGCAUGCAUGUGGAUGCUCCUUUUUCUGACCCAGGAAAGCGGCGCACUCUCUACCAUGUCUUUGCGAUUAAUUCCGCUGGGCGCAACUGUGUCAUGCUAUGUUUCCCCCUCCCGCCACCCUGCGACCCCAGCAAAGUCAACCAGCGCCUUUCUCCCAAGAACGAGCAGCAUCCGGAGCAUCGGCCGGUGGUCGAGUGGCUCCAGUUGGGCAACCGGUACCUGCAGUCCUGGAUCAAUGCUGUGCGACUUGCUUCCUGGGAGCGACUGCGCCUCGACGAGAUCUAUACGGGCGCACUCAUUCGCGCGCGCCUCAGCGCCGUCAAGGGGUCUGAGACGAGCGACGUGAGCGAAAUCAUGGUCCGCUCACCGCUGAACAAGGGCCGCCACGAGUCGUGGGUUCGCGCGCGUUUCAUGGGCUCGACCGAGUGGCGUCAUUGCUGGAUGGUGCUGCAGAGCCACUGGUCAGAGGACAACAGCUCUUCUGGUCUGCGACGGCUCCUACGUCUCGGCGGCGCAGGCGACCGCUCGAGCCGCCUCUUGGCCAGCUCGGAUACCGGCGGCCAGAUGGAGCCGCCGACCCCACCGCCGGGCGUACUAGCAUCGCCGGCGGUGGCUCACUUUUACGAGUCCAAGCGCAGCCGACACCCGUUUGCCAGUCUUUGGCAUGUACAACAUGUGUAUGCACUGUACCCAUCGCGCCCUGACCUCGUGGAAGAUUCUGUCCUAUUCAAAGCGGAGGGAUCACUGCCACAGUCGCAGAUUGUCUCGGCUACGCAUCGCCCUCGCACGAGCGGGUGGGUGAUGUUUAUGCCCGAUGUGGCGGGGCACCAGGGAAAGGUGGCGAACGCCGAAAUGAUGAAGUGCAUCAUCGCAUUUAUGGACGCCUUCCGCCUUUACGGCAGGCCUGACAACUUCACAUGGGACCCACGGAACCCCAUGUCGCCGUUCUUUGCGUACCCGAUCGGUCAGUACAAGAACCAUCUCUUCCUGGAUCGUGCCCUGGCCGAGCAUCUGGAUAUCACCGUGGAGGACUAUCUGCAGUCGCGGCAAAUGCUGCAUGACGUGAUGGCAGCGCGAAUGCGCGGGGAAAAUACGGCCAUACUGCCGCCGUUACCACCUAUCCCCCGGCAGUCUGUGUAUGCGAAAGAGCCGGAUGCGCCAUCGGAGAUUUUCAGUCAUGAGGCCCAGGCAAACCAUACCGACGCGGGAUGGGCCGAGCCUGCUGCUCCGGCGAUGAACCAGGAGUCUGCUCCCGCAGCGACCAUGGAGUCUCUGCCAGCGAGCGAGACUCCUGCUGAAGCCCACGAUGCCUGGCCUGCUGCCGCAGGGGAUACCGUCCAAGCUGGGGAACGCGUCGCAGGUGCUUAUACCCCAUCGACAGCAGGCCCAGCCCCUGCCGCAAGCACCGAAUUACGCGUAGCCACCGAUCAAGAUGCGUUCCCUGCGCAUGACGACGCUACUGCAGCGCCUGCGCCCACCUCUUCUAAGCGACACACAUUGACCGCAGGUGCGUUCCAAUCACUUGUGCGCCCGCCGCCUGCGGCCGAAUCAGCGACCCUGUCGCCGGCCCCGUCCAGCUCGAAUGCCGCUUUUGAUCAGGCGUACCGCGAGUUUGAUGUCCCUGAUCGGACACCGAUGUCCGUCUCGGACGACGAAACGUACUUUUCGCGAAAGUUGGCUGCGACGCACGUGCUGGAAGGUACCGACACCGCACCUGCGGCUGUUGCGCCCCGCCCCAUGGACCUCGCGGCAGCGCCGACGAUGCCCGUGAACCCCCCGCACCCUUCUCCCAUUAAUCACCGUCACGAACAAAUCUACGCAUGGCCCCUUCCCGCAUCAAAUGAGCCCACUGAGCUCUCUCCCAUUCAGGAGAUUCCGCCGUCCAGUGCCGACACGUCGUUGCCCGCUCCACGUACAUCCACUACUCGUCCUCUUCCCCAGCCACGGAGUCCCGCGAUCCCAUCACAGACCCAGAAGGCCACGUUGCCAGAUCCCUUUGCGUCGGAUCGUCCACCGAUCCAGGUCAAAGUGGUCCCCAAGCCCACGCCUCGUUCCAGCUCGGGCUCACGCCCCUUGCCUAUACCCGGGCAGACACAAGCACCUCCACCAGCGGCGUCCGUAUCUUGGUCGGGCGUCGAGCCUGUGCCUGUCGACCCGAAUACGACUCAGCGACCAUCGCGCCCUAUGGUCUCUGUGACCCAGGUGUCGCCUGCGUCCCACGGGUCGACGCCGUCGCCCGCUAUCCCAUCUUCGCUGUCUUUCCUGGCGCCCUCGGUGCCGACUCAGUCCACGGACACCAGCCCCCUGACCGAGCCCGGCGAGGCGGUGCCGCCCUUCUCUGGGCCGUCGGGGUCCGCGCCCGGCCGCGCCUCUUCGCGUAUUGUGUCUGGAAGCACGGACGAAGGGACAGAAUCGCACCUCGUUUCACAAUACCUGGACGACGAGGCGACUUCUCACGUCCCACUGCUAUCGAUGCAGCCUCAUGUGUCUGCUCCCUCGUCAUCCACUGUCACUACGUUUCGCCCUGCGUCAGAGAGGGCCGAGCCCGAGGCCCCUCCCGAGGCGCCAUCCGAGCCCCACGACGACGAAACGUGGCUGUAUGGGGCGCCUGACCUAGAGUUCCCCACCGAGCCCUUGGAGCUUCAUGAUCCUGCCAAGGUGGCGCAGGAGACUGCGCAAGCAGCCGAGGCAGCGAGUCAGGAGCCGCUUGCGUACCCCUCUUCCUUUGGGCAUAGGGCCAAGCACGCGAACCGAGCGUCACAACCUAUGGUGCCUAGCUCGUCUCGCCCUGGUCGUGCUCCUGGCGUCGUGCCCGUAUCGUCUCACGACUGGGCCGACGACGACGAAAUCGUGGAGGAGAGCCACACGGCCUCGUCUGCGAUGAUGCCGACGCCCAUGCCGGACCUGGGCGCGUCGGACCCGAGUUUGAAUCUGCCGACGUCUGAGUCUUUGUCAAAUGCACGCAGGUCGAGCUACGGCAAUGUGAGCUCUAUGUUGACGCCCUCUGCAUCGGCCAUGAGCUUCCAGUCGAAGAAUGCGUCGUCCACGAGUCUGGGGCGCACGACCUUUGUUAAGUUCGAUGAACCUGCGCAUGCAUCACAGUCCCCUUACAUGUCGCAUGGGUUGCUGGCCUCUUCUUCGUCCGAAAAGCUCGAGCGCAAUGCACGCACACGGGACCACGGCGCCCGCGAGGCUGGUCAGACGCUCGUGAAUAUGCCUUCCAAGCCGCCGCCACCCCAGGCGGGCCUCAUGGGCGCGAUCCAAUCGCGGGACCGGCGGGCGGCGCAAGGGGAGCGUGAGGGGCCCGCUGCGCGCCCGGUUUCGAUGUCAGCGUCCCGCUCGUCGCAGUCUCACGGCAUGCAAGGCAUGUCGCGCAGUGUCUCCCAGCAGCAGAUGAUGAUGAACAUGUACUACUGGCAGCAACAGCAGAUGAUGAUGAUGAUGGGCAUGAUGCCUCCGGGCAUGCCGGCCAUGUCGCGCGAGUCUAUGAUGGCACAGCAGCAGGCCAUGCAGGCCGCACAGCAGGCGUACUUCCAGACCUAUGCGCAGCAUAGCAACAUGCCCAUGAUGCCAUAUCCGAUGCCCCCUGACAUGUAUGGCAUGUCCUCCAGGGACUCGGCGGUGAGUUCGAGCCGCCCAUCGGACUCGGGCGCGGCGUCAUCCGGACACUUCGACAGUCCUCCUCGAAUGACGCGGCCGUCGAGCCAGACGCGUUUGUAG